AUGUGUACUCUGGUUACUUCUACGUCUAUCACAACUUCGACUACAGUGCUCAGCAUAUCAAAAGACAAAAGACUUCAUUUUGAUCAACAAUGCUAUCAGAAAAUAGGAAAGGUUAUACUUAGAGUUAUUGUGAAUAUGUCUAAAAAGUCUAUAAAGAAAACAACAAAAGCUCCUUGGGUGCCUCCUCCAGGUAGAACCAAACAUCGGGAUAAAAAUAUCGUUAAGCCUAAAGCCAAUCAUAAUAAAUGUAAUGAUGCAUGCAUGCCUGCUAAGGACCAGCCUCCAAAAGCGAUAGAGACUUUAAAACAAUUCUUGCAUUUUCAUUUGGACAUGAAGUCAGUCGAACCUGACCCUGGCGAUACUAUGUCUGAUGGCUUGCCUAUUAAGGAUCCUGAAGACAUUAUGUUAGAUUUGGUAUCUUUGGAUUCAAAUUCUUUUAGUGAUGAAGUACAAAAUAUAUCUGACAUUCAUUUACGUUCAGUCAAGCAAGAUAUGACAUUGCUAAAAGUUCAUUUUAUGUCAUUAAAAACAUCAUCACAUUUUCUUCAUAGAUUCUGCUAUAUACUAGCAGGUGAAGAAUCAUCUGUCAGGGAUCUUCUCAAUAAAGUUGAUGAAUCUAUUAAAGAAUUUCCUUUUGUGUUUGAAGAUUUGGAAUGUUCAUUGACUUUGGUAGAGAAUGAACUAAAUGAGAGCCGUAAGAAAGAUGAAUUCAACAAGUUGAUUACAAAUAAAGACUAUUUAUUGUCUAAAAUCUUGGAAUCUUAUGCAAAGUUGGUGACAUGCCUGGAGACCUCUCUUGGUAAACAGAAUACUGCAGAUCUUUCUAAAUUAGAAACAGAGCUAGAAUAUUUAAAGAAAACAUUACAGCAUGCUGAAAGAAAAAAUGUUUCUCAAGAAGCUAUUAUAAAAGAUCUGGAGAGAAGGAUAUCAGUUUUUCAGAGUAAAAAUAGUGCCUUAGAAAGUUACAAAGCAACUCUUGAAGAAGCUAGAUCUGAACUCCAGAAACAGUUGUCUCAUAAGGAAACUCAAAUUAAGUAUCUCACAACUGAACUUGCUCAAACAUCUAAAAAGAAAGACAAUGCUGAUAAUGAAAGGUUAAUUGAAAUAAUAGAAGAAAUUCAAGUUAAAGCUCAAGAUGAAAAAACAGCUCUGAAAAAAGCUGUGAAAUUCCAGAAAAGGAGAGCCGAUCAAUUGGAAGAGACAUUGAAAAAUUUGAAAACUGAUUUAAAAGAAAAAGAAAAAAUGAUGUUUGACAUUGCUGCACAGAGAGAUCAGUUGAAAGUUCAAAUGACAGUAGCCAGUAACAAUUCUAUCCAGACUAAGAACCAAAUUGAAGAAAUGAGGAGUCAGAAUUUAAAACUUCAGAAUGAAUUAACAGAAAAGGAUUUAAUUUCUAAGAAAGAGUUACAAGCAACAUCAGAAGCCCUUCAAGAAAAGAAAACUCUCUUGGCGUUAGCAAUAAAAGAAAAGGAAAAACUUGAAGAAAAAGUGAAAGAAUUAACUUGCAAUCUAGAAACACUAGAACACAAAAUAGAAUCAUACAGAAAUAAAUACAGGGAUGACAAAACUAGUGCAGUUCCUCAGACUCAUGGAUCUGGAAACUUAAGUGAAGUAUCUGAGGAAAUGAAAAAUCUUGUAACAGUGCUUCAAGACACAAAAGAAUUGUUGCAGAUCUUCAAAAUGUCUCCUUCUCAUGGUGAUGCUGGGGAUAAUAGUUACCUGUCUCAUAAUAUACUACAAGGUAAUUCUCAACAAGGUAUUUUAGCUGUUGUGCAGGAAGUUAAAGAGCAUUUAUUGGAAUGGAAAAGUUUGCACAGCAAGAUUUCUGAAGAAAAAAGCAAUGUGCAAAGUGACCUGGAAAAGCAGCUUGGUGAAUUACAGCAGUUGUAUAAUAAAUGCACAAAAGAAAAUGAGACUCUGAAAUCUGAAAUUGAUGAACUGAAAAAAACUGCCCAAAGGCCUAAAUCUGGGAGUAAUGCCAUGGAAGCUUUGCUGAGUAGAGACAGUUCAACCAAAAGUUUGCAGAUGGAAAUAAUGCUGAAAAAUGAGGAAAUCUGGAAGUUAAAGCAUGAUCAUCAACUAAGAGAGAGAGAACUGCAAAAUCAGGUGGAUGAACUGAAAGAUAAAUUACGGAAAAUGGAAAUAGAAAAUUUCAAAUUAUCAAGUGCUGAAGAAGAAUUAAAAUCUAAGAAAUUGGAAAUUGCUCUUUUAGAACAAAAGAGAGAAGAAGAGACAGAAAGGUUACUUCGCAGAACUAAAGAAUUACAAGAGUCCUUAGAUCGGACUACAGCCGAUUAUGAAAGCUUACAGCGCUAUGUACAAAUACUGAAGGCUUCCUAUUUUAAGGUUUUUGGAUCCUCUUGAUAUGUGAAUGUGUCUCAUUAUUGCGUUAUUAAAUGAAUGACAUAAAUUAAAAACAUAGAACAGUUUAUUACAUCACAAAAUUCUCCAGCUUAAAAGUACUAUGAAAGUUUCUCUACACAAUAUACAUUUUCAGAUGAGAAUUUUUUACAAAACUAAAAACUUGGAUUCAUCUGAUUCACAUCAUCGAAUCUUUUCUUGAAAGUACAUGAUUUGUUUUUUGUUUUA